GCGUUUGAUCAUUCAAUUCACUAUCAACGUACAAUGGACAAAGCUGCCGAUUGUUGCUCUACUCAUCUUGUUGAUGGAGAUGGUUCUUUUAACGCAACCGGGCUUGAGAAGUUCAUGAAGGAAGUAAAGCUUUCUGAAUGCGGGCUUUCUUAUGCAAUUGUUUCCAUCAUGGGUCCACAAAGUAGUGGGAAGAGUACACUUCUAAAUCAUCUAUUUCAUACCAACUUUCAAGAAAUGGAUGCGUUUAAAGGAAGGUCUCAGACUACCAGGGGUAUUUGGAUGGCUAGAUGUACUGGCGUUGAACCGUUCACUAUGGUGAUGGAUCUUGAGGGUACUGACGGAAGAGAACGUGGAGAGGAUGAUACCGCAUUUGAAAAGCAAAGUGCCCUUUUUGCGCUUGCAGUAUCAGACAUAGUGCUAAUUAACAUGUGGUGUCAUGAUAUCGGUCGCGAGCAUGCUGCAAACAAACCUCUACUAAAAACAGUAUUCCAGGUCAUGACUCGGUUAUUUAGUCCACGUAAAACAACUUUGAUUUUUGUCAUACGUGACAAAACAAAAACGCCUUUGGAAGUUUUAGAGCCUGUCUUGAGGGAAGAUAUUCAGAAGAUAUGGGAUUCUGUUCCCAAGCCAGAAGCCCACAAGGAAACACCAUUAAGUGCAUUUUUUAAUAUUGAAGUUGUUGCUCUUUCUAGCUUUGAAGAGAAGGAAGAACAGUUCAAAGAGCAGGUGGCCAAACUGAGGAAUCGAUUCCAACAAUCUAUCGCACCUGGGGGGCUUGCCGGUGACAGACAAGGAGUCGUUCCCGCUUCAGGGUUUUCUUUCAGUGCUGCACAGAUCUGGAAAGUUAUCAAGGAGAACCGAGAUCUUGACCUGCCUGCUCAUAAGGUGAUGGUAGCCACGGUACGGUGUGAAGAAAUUGCUAAUGAAAAGCACUCUGCCUUUGCAAAAAACAAGGACUGGUGUGAGUUGGAAGAAGUUGUAAAGUCUCAACUUAUACCCGACUUUGGGAAAAAGAUUAGUUUGCUACUUGACACUUGCUUUGCAGGUUAUGAUGACGAGGCUGCGUUUUUUGAGGAAGGAGUUAGGAAUUCGAAGCGAAAACAGUUAGAAGAGAAAUUGAUGCAACUUGUUGAACCUGCCUACGAAUCAACAUUGCAACACAUAAGGUCUGAUACACUAGAAAAGUUCAUAAGAGCAUUUGAAGAUGCGUUGAAUAAAGGACAACGGUUUCAAGUAGCUGCACAAGAUUGCACAAAAUUAUCAAUGACUUCUUUUGAUGAACAAUCCAAAGGUGCCAUCAUCAAGCAAGCUGAUUGGGACUCAUCAAAAAUAAGGACUAAAGUUUCUCAAGAUAUUGAGUCACAUGUAGCUGAUGUUCGUGCUGCCAAGAUAUCUGAUAUAACUACACAAUCUGAGUCAAAACUAAAGGAAGCAUUAUAUGGACCUGUUGGAGCUAUUCUAGAAGGGGCUGCUGAUGACACUUGGCCCGCAAUUAGGAAACUUCUUGCAAAAGAGACCAAGUCUGCUAUCUCUGAUGUCUCUUCCGCACUCUCUAGCUUUGAAAUGGAUGAAGACGCCAAGAAAAAUUUGAUUUCAAGAUUGGAGAGUUAUGCAAUAGAUGUAGUCGAAGGAAAAGCUAAAGAAGAAGCUAGUAAAGUUUUACAUAACAUGAAGGAGAGGUUUACAACCAUAUUCAACCAUGAUAAUGAUCUGAUGCCACGGGUCUGGACUGGAAAGGAAGAUAUUCGUACAAUUAAUAAAACUGCCCGCACUUCUUCUCUAAAGCUGCUCGCUAAGCUAGUUGCGAUACGUUUGGAGGAUUAUGCUGAUAAAAUAGAGGGUAUACUACUCGUUUCUUUAGCAGAACCCAACAAAGGCCCAGAUAAGAGCUCCAGUUCGCAAGACCCUUUGGCUACAAGCAAAUGGGAAAAGAUUCCUGCAGAGAAGACACUGAUAACUCCAGUUCAAUGUAAAUCUUUGUGGAGCCAAUUUCAAAGGGAGACAGAGUAUGCAGUUACUCAAGCUAUUACUGCCCAGAAAGCAAACAAGCAAAAUAGCAGUUGGUUACCACCUCCAUGGGCUAUUGCUGCCUUAUUCGUGCUUGGAUUCGAUGAAUUUAUGACUCUUUUGAGGAAUCCAUUGUAUCUGCUCUUUAUCUUUAUCGGCUUUCUACUAUUAAAAGCCUUGUGGGUUCAACUAGAUAUAGCUUCUGAAUUUCAACAUGGCAUGUUUCACGGGCUUCUCUCUUUAGCCACCAAGCUUAUUCCAACAAUCUUGAACCUUUUUAGAAAGUUGUCGGACCAGGGCCAACGAGCACCUGCAGUCGCCAAUCGCCAAAGAAAUUAGCAAAGAUCAAUGAUUCAAUGUCAUAUGGACUGGUGAUUCUACUUUGUUGAUCAUGGGUAUAACUUAGAAGGCACAUUCCAUUUUACUUGGUGAAUCCACCUU